GGUUUAAUCCGAUAUUUGGAGUUUGGAGUAGCAGAGCUUGCAUUUCUUCCACAGUGGUAGCCCGAUGAUUCAUGACUAGUGAUUAAAUUUCGCUCUCAGGUAAUUUUUGCUAUUUUGUUUGAAUAGCCAUAUUCAGUGACGUAAUGGACCAAAAGACAUGGCUUUGGAGGAAAAAAUCCACAGAGAAGACAAUUGUUGUAAGCGAUAAAGCCAACCUUUUGCUGAAAGGAAAUGGAGAAGAGAAGAAACUUGGGACGGAUAAAGCGGUACAAUUGGAGAUAUCAGUUAAAGAUCUCAAUGAGAAGCUGUCUUUGGCCAUCACUGAGUGUAAUGCAAAAGAUGAUCUUGUGACAAAACAUGCAAAAGUGGCUGAAGAAGCAAUUGCAGGUUGGGAGAAGGCAGAAGCCGGGUCUUUGUCUCUCAAGCAAGAACUAGAUGAAGCUUUACAGCAGAGAGUGGCUACAGAAGAAAGAUUAACUCACGUGGAUGCGGCUUUAAAGGAAUGCAUGCAGCAGUUACGUUUUGUGAGGGAAGAGCAGGAGCAGAGAAUUCAUGAUGCAGUUUUGAAGGUUUCGAGACAAUUUGAGAAAGCAAGAAUUGUUCUAGAAGAGGAGCUAGCAGAAGCAAGCACGAAGCUUAGCAAGUUGGGUAUAGAAAAUACUCAACUGAGAAAGGACCUGCAGGUGAAGGAAAAAUUGAUUGAGGACUUAAGUCGAUGCAAAUCCCAGGCAGAAGCUAAUUUUAAAACACUAAUGGUAAGACUAGACUCCAUGGAGAAGGAAAAUGCUUCUUUGAAAUAUGAGGUUCGCAUGAUUGAGAAGGAGCUUGAGAUUCGAAAUGAGGAGAGAGAUUUCAACCGUCGACAAGCUGAUGCAUCACACAAACUACACUUGGAGAAUGUGAAGAAGAUUGCGAGGUUAGAAGCAGAAUGUCAGAGAUUACGUCUGUUGGUUCGAAAGCGGUUGCCAGGUCCAGCUGCUCUGGCAAAAAUGAAGAACGAAGUUGAAAUGCUGGAAAAAGAUCCUGCUGAUAUGAGGAGGAGGAAGUUGAAUCCUUCAAUGGCAGGUUUGAUGGUGAAGGAAUUUGGUGGAGAUAAUUCUCCGGACACUCCCAGUAGGAGGAUCAAUUUUUUAACUGAGCAAUUAUGUGCUAUGCAGGAAGAAAAUAGGGCUCUCAAGGAAAGUCUAUCCAAGAAAAACAAUGAACUUCAAUCUUCAAGGAUCAUGUGUUCACGCCCAGCUUCUAAAUUAUCACAGGUUGAGGCUCAUCUUGGAGUACUAUCAAUAGAUCAAACACCUAUGGAACUGACAAGGACUUUUUCCUCAUCUCAUGAACUGUCCCUUGAUUCAAUAUCUAACGUUGGCAAUGAAGAUGAGCCAAGCUCUGCUGGAUCUUGGGCUUCUGCUUUGAUCUCAGAACUGGAGCAUUUCCGAAAUGGGAAAAUGAGGCGAUCAUCAUGCAGUACUGUUGGAAUUCCAGAAAUAAGUCUAAUGGAUGACUUUGUUGAGAUGGAAAAAUUGGCAAUAGUAUCUGUUGAUAAACCUUUUGGAAGUUCCCAUUCUUCAGAUGAAAGCUAUUCAUUUAUGGUCCCCUUGAAAGCUGAGACAGGUGUUAAUCCCUCAGAUGCAACUGGUAAGGAAAUAGUUCCAGUCACUGAUAGUCACUCAGGCUCUGGUCACAUGAAUCAAAAGAUCCAAUCUAAAGAUCAAUCAAUUGAGAAAUUUCCUAGUUGGAUUCAGGAAAUUUUGAGGAUGAUUUUGGAGCAAAGUCGUAUCACAAAAAAGAAUCCUGAAGAAAUUCUUGAGGAGAUUAGAAUUGUAUUGAUGAAUAUGAACCCUGGUGAAUUCGUUAAUGCCAACAAAGUCUCAAGGCAUUCUGAAGCAUCAGAGCCUACACGUAUUAGUGGCUAUAUUUCAUGGAGACCUCCAAAUACAUCUCCAAUGGCAGAUUCAUUUGAUGGAGCAUCAGAAAUUAGCAUCCCAUCCAAGGAGUUGAACAAGCAGCAGCGCCAGUCAAAUCUUAGCAAAUCAAUCUGUAAAAUAAUUGAGCUUAUUGAAGGUAUUAACCAACCGUCUUUAAUGGAUUACAAUACGCCACAAAUUGUGUCAGUAGAUAAUGGGACUCCUUCACUAUACAAAAAUCCGGCAACACCUACAGGCUAUACGGUUCGUGUUUUCCAAUGGAAAUGUACGGAACUCGGUGCAGUUUUACAGCAAUUUGUCCAAACUUGUAAUGAUCUUUUGAGUGGAAAAGUUGACCUCGAGAAAUUUGCCAGAGAAUUAUCUUCAGCUUUGGGCUGGAUUGUAAACCACUGUUUUUCCCUCCAAGAUGUUUCAAGCAUGAGGGAUAUGAUCAAGAAGCAUUUUGAUUGGGAUGAAUCACGAAGUGAAGGCGAAGUUGAAAUGGGGAUGAACAGUCUACUUCCAGAAGGAGAGAAAGUACAUGCAUCCAGAGAACGAUUAUCAUGUUUUCCCUUAACUGCUUCUCCAAAUGUGCAGAGUAAUUUAGCCCAUGUGAAGGAAUUCAAGUCUAUUCUUGGGGAAGAAAAUGGGAGAUUAAUGGAUGAAUUGACAAAUGUGAAAUCUGCAAAGGAAGAUUUGGAAGGAAGGCUCCAGUCAGCAACUCAGAACAGUGAAAGCUUGAUUAUGCAACUUCAGAAAUCAGAACAACACAUAGCAAAUUUACAGACGGAGCUAGAAAAAUUAAAAGAGUCAAAGGGGAUUAUUGAAGAUCAAAUUGAAAAUCACAAGUUGCUUAAUGAAGAUCUUGACACCAAGCUUACAGUUGCCAGGGUUGAAUUAAAUGGAGCUCGCCGAAAGUUUUCAUCCCUAGAAGCAGAACUGGAGGAUAAAAGCAACUGCUGCGAAGAACUAGAGGCAACGUGUCUUGAACUACAGCUCCAGCUAGAAAGUGUGACCAAGGAGGAAAUUCCGAAGUGCAAUCCAAAUCAAGAAGAAAAGCAACUCCGUACUGACUGGGAGAUUACAGCAGCAUCAGAAAAACUGGCAGAGUGCCAGGAAACUAUCUUAAACCUGGGAAAACAGCUGAAGGCAUUGACUUCUCCUAGGGAAGCUAUUCUCUUUGACAAAGUCAUCUCCACAACCCCUGACACCACUGCAAAUAAUAAAACCAAGAGCACAACACAUCGCUCUUCCCUACUUGAUCAGAUGCUAGCGGAGGAUGAUACUGAGGGUGAGGAUCUCAAGUCUCCAAAGACGAAAGAAAUUAUAUGCAGUGUAGAACCUCCGAAGGUUCUCUUCCUUCCUUCUAAUGAUUCCAACUCCCUCUAUGGUCCUAUUGUACCAGUAGAGACAGUAGAGACUUCCAGUUCAAAUGAGGUAAAGCACAAAGAGACGACCACAGCUGAUUCUCUUGCAAUUGUUCCCAUUAAGAAACGUGGUGGGGGUGUAGGUUUUCUGAAGAAGCUACUGUCAAGAAGGAAGAAAGGGAACAGAAAGAAGCUUUCUCUCCCUAUUGCCACAUGAUACUCGGAAUGAAGUGGUAACAAAAAGGGCAGUGUCCGUGAUUCGGUUGUGACUAUUGUUUGAUAUUGCACUCUUAUAAUAGGAAAUAACGGAUGUUAGACUUUGUUGUUCUAAAAUGCACUGGUUGGAGGGAGAGUUGGAAAGAGAUUUUGGUUUGGUCUUGUAACACUUGUAUGUAUUUUUGCCCUGCUUGUGUAUAUAAUUUUUGGGCCGAAACACUAAAAAUCCUCUUAUUAUAGUGAAUAAUGCUAUAGAAUU